CCUAAAUACCACACUUACUCCCACCAUGCUUAUAACGCUUCUCUUGCCAAAGAUGAAGAGAAAAGAGGUCCGAAUUUGUCUUUUAUUGGCCUUCAUCUUCAUUACUAGUGGAUGCUAUUAUUUCACAGCUAUCAGGAUUCGAAGUGCAGAAUCAGCUGUUGAUUUCAAGUUCAAACCUGUAAAAGCAAGAGAAAGCUCAGCCGCAGGAUUCAUGACAGCUACUUGGAACAAAUCAGGAAUGCAGAAUAAUCGUAAGGUUCCUUCAGCACCUAAUCCAAUUGGUAAUCGGCACCCACCAUCCAGGCAUAACUGAGUAGAGGCGUUUAUCAUGCUCAGCAAGCAAAAAAUACGGCGAAGAUGCAUUUUCGUAAGUAGAUCAGUUGGUUAAUAAUAUCAUGUAAAACUUCUGUUCACCGUGUCAUGCUAAUUGAAGGCCGGCCGGUCGAUGUUUGCUAUUCGGAAAGUCAUUCAUAUAAACAGCUAGGUUCUAAUAUUAUGCAUGGCUACCCUAAUACUAACAGCCUGAGAUGUUUUUGCAUGCUUGAAGCUCCUCGAUCAAAACUGUCACAUAUGCUACAAAAUUUUCGUUUGGAAUAUGAGGUACAAGCAUCAGUUUUCCAGGAAAACAAGGCAUAUAUAUAUAUAUAUAUAUAUAUAUAUAUAAUAUAUAUAACUGUCGGAACCAAUUUUCUUCCUGCUCCGCUGCUAUAUUCUA